AUGGGAACCGGGGUUGCAGUUCAGCGAUUGGUGGAAGCUGGUGCUGAGCUGUGGAGAAAGAAACCAUUGGGAUACUCACCAUUUAUGAUGGCUAAGAUGUACAAUCACGACGAGAUUGCAGAUCUCAUUCUCAAGCUAGGCCAGCCCUCAGAUUUCACCACGGCUACUGGGUUACCCACCACAGUCGAUAAGCGCAAUGAGAGAAAUAACUCAACUAGAGGAAGACUACUUGUACCAGAGGAUGGAUCAAAUAUCUCCCAGUCCAGACAUUCUCGUUUGAACCAGACUGUUCGCCAAGAGUUCGAGGGCUUUGAUAUGGGUCAAAAGAAGCCAUUCGAGCCGGAGUCGAUGAAGACAUCGAAGGAGAUCAAAAUAGCCGACAAUACAUGGAGGAAGAAUCAGCACUGGAUUCAUCUUCUCUGGGAACAGACUCCUUGGGUUAUUCUGACAACGCUAUUUUUCUUGAUCGCCGCCACUGCAGUGAUUAGGCCGAACUUCCGGAAGAUCGAAAGCAUGGACACGUUUUUAUUUUGUUUAGAAAUAUUCUGGGACAUAAGGGCCUAG